CACCUCCAACACAGCAAAACAUUCAUUGUAAUAACAAUAGCAACCUUACAUUUUGCAUCUUUCCAAAAGCAGAAAAGCAACCAAGCCAGAACUUUCAAUUAAGAAGAUGAAGCAAGCUAUCUUCUUCUCACUUCUCCUAUUUGCUCCCAUCUUUUUCACCACCAUUUCAGCCCAAUCACCAGCUGCAUCCCCAAAAAAAUCCCCUGCAAAACCCUCCCCAGCAUCACUAGCUCCAGCACCAGCAAAACCAUUAGUCCCCUCACUGCCCCAAUCACCCUCUUCUGAUUCUUCCGGCCAAGACAUCAUCAAAAUCCUCAGAAAAGCAAAAUCAUUCAACACGCUGAUUCGCCUUCUCAAAACCACACAAAUCAUCAACCAGGUCAAUGCACAAUUGGUAACAACAAAAAAUGGUGGUUUAACCAUUUUAGCACCAGAUGAUGGUGCCUUUUCACAGCUCAAAGCUGGGUACUUCAACUCUCUGGACGGUCGCCAACAAAAGGAACUGAUACAGUUCCAUGUUCUUCCACAAUAUGUGUCAAGUUCAAAUUUUGAUGCCCUGAGCAACCCUGUUCUGACACUUGCAAGUGAUAGCCCAAAAGGGUAUCAGAUCAAUGUUACAGCUUAUGGGAACAGUGUGAACAUUUCAACUGGGGCGGUUAAUGCAACACUCACUGGCAUUGUGUACUCGGAUAAAACACUUGCUAUAUAUCAUGUGGACAAGGUGCUUGUUCCUCUGGAUUUCUCUAAGCCUAAGUCUCCUGCUCCUGCACCCACUCUUGCGAAUGCGCCGAAAUCCGAUAAGGAUAACUCAUCUGAUGAAGAUGGUGAUGAUCAGGGAGCAAAGAAGGCCACUUCUGGUGCCAUCAAGUUGAUUAGCGUUCAAGGAACAAUGUUGAUGUCCCUUGGAAUUGCUUUUGUUGCUGCUGUACUGUAAUGGUCUCCAGUUGAGGAAGGCUGAUUCAUUUGCAGGCUGUUCCUGAUGUUCUGUUCUGAACCAGAGCUGUUAUUUUCGUGAAAUUUUUUAUUUAUGCUCUUUUUUCUUGGUUUUUGUAUGUGUUGUUGUGGAAACUGGGAAGAGUGAUUGUUUGAGAAAUGAGAACUAUGUGAACCAUUGUUUUGUUGUUAUACAUGAAUUGAAUACUUGGACAUUAAGCUUUUGAA